UUUUAUUCAGUUCUUAAUCUUUUCCCUUACAUGCAUAACUUUUUUUGUUGUUAUGAGAAUCUGGGUUUAUUUCUUUGCUUUUAAUUUACUUCAUGAUCCACUGAAAUGAAGUUAUAAAUUGAGUUUGGGUCAGUGUUUUCUUAGUUGUGGGAACUCCUUAGUCCUUACUUUGUACUCUAUUAAGGAAACUCGAAGUGGAUUGUUUGUUUGGAAAUGAAAAGUGAUCUAGUUUUUACUAUUAUAGUGUUUCUUGUUCAUGAUUUGUGACCUCAUGUUGUGAACAGCUAAGGGUUCCACCCAAAUGAGUAGAAUUCUUCAUCUUCCACCUCAUGGAGUACUUUAGGUAUCGAGAUAGUUUCAGUCUUCAUCAGUAUUUGUAUAGAAAAGAAAUCAUGAAAUUUUUACUAAAAAACAUCCACUCUAUCUUAUUUUAUUUUAUAAAUAUGUUUUGGUUGUCUCCUUAAGUGGAAUUAUUGAUCAUCCAAUUCAACAAGAUUGUUUGCGUCAGUGCUGAGAUCACCCCCACAAUGUUUCUUCUUUCACUUAUUUAUCCAACUAUGGAUUAGUGAAGAUUCCAAUUGGAAUUUUGAUUUGUAGGUAACACAGUUGGACCCUCAAAUCUUAAUUUCUAUUAGUAAGAUUCUGGGUUCAUGUUAUUGGCUAUUUGAGAUGCACACUAUCAUUUGAGUUGCAUCAAUUGGUGCUCAAGUUCAAGAAGACGGUUAAUUGCUGAAAUCACCCCACUAUGUAUUCUUCUUUUACCUAUAAUUGGGUUAAAGAUUCAACUUUAUUUCAGUGAAAAUCCCAAUUGGAAUUUUGAUUUGUAGGCAACCUAGGUGUACCCUCAAAUCUCAUUGUCUAUUUGAUAAGAUUCUAGGUUGAUGUCAUUGGCUGCUUAAGAUGCACCCAGUUAUUUGUGUUGCAUCAAUUGGUAAUCAAUUCAAGAAGAUAGUAUAAGUGUUGCCCCCACAAUAUUCUGUUCCUUCUCUUGCAAUUGGGGUUCAAACCUACUUUUCUUCGGUGAAGUUCCAAUUGAAUAUUUUUGAUUACUGGCUAGGUUUAUCCUUUAAAGAGAAUCUUUCUAUUAACCCGUAUUCCGGAUAUUCUUCAGCGGAUACUUAAAAUGCACACUGUCUGCUUUAGAGAAUCUGGAGAAAUUGUUGCUAAUGCUUCAGCACUUCCUCCUGUGCCUUGGUGGGGUGUGCCUGGACCUCAAGCGGUGGUGUAUGGUGAGGCAGAUGUUCAGGAGAAGUGCAUAUCUCUGGACAGGAACCAACUCUCAGUCACUCCUCACCAAGGACAGGGCGAGACAGACCACGGUCCAGAGAAAUUGAACUAUAAUGCUUCUCAAGUCACUGUCUGUACUGGUAGUAGCAGGGAUUCUGGGAAGCGGAGGGAAGUUUUACAAACAAUCUCUCAGCAAUUAUCACCCAAUGACCAUUCUCAUUUCGAACUAGGACUUGCUCAACCAUUGGUGUGUGCAAAUUACCCUUACAUGGAUCAGCAGUAUAGCGUGAUUGCAACAUAUGGAGUUCCCACUACGGGUCGCAUGCCAUUGCCGUUGAACGCCAUGACAGAAAAUGGACCUGUAUUUGUAAAUGCUAAGCAGUACCAUGGAAUCAUGCGACGUCGACAAUCCCGCGCAAAGGCGGAGCUCGAGCAUAAAGCCAUCACAGCUCGGAAGCCAUAUCUGCAUGAAUCACGCCAUCUCCAUGCAAAGCGUCGAGCAAGAGGAGGUGGAGGCCGCUUCCUGAAAAAGAAUGACAGUAGCGGAAAGGAUAGGAGUGACAAAGCUGAAGCACGAGGUGCAGGACUUUGUCAUCCUGCUGGGUCUCCCAGUUCUGAAGUUUUACAAUCCGAAAGUGCAAAUUUGAACUCACCAGAGGUGACUAGCUUAUAUACCAGGGCGCAUCUGGAUCAUUUUCAGAUUGAUCAUUUCCGUUCAAUCGGCUUUCCGCAGUCUCUCAAACAUGACUGACAGUGGACCAAAUGUUGGCAUUCCAAACAACUGGGUUACAGCAGCUGAUGGUUGCUGUAGCCUUCUGAAAGUCUGAUUUUGCAAGGGUGCGUGGUUGUUUGAAGUGGUAUCACUGGAGUACACAUUUCCUGUUUUGAUCUCUAAUAGCAACCCCACCCUUGCUGCAACUGAAUGGUUCCUCAGUCCUUUAUUUGGUUGCAAUCAGAAGGCAAAUCAUCCUUGGCUUAUUCCCUUCAAUGUUUCUAAUAGCUGGAAAAUCCUGAAUAUCUGAAGUUUCUUCGGACAUUUGAUGGCACGGCGAAAUCUUUAUUGUAGUGUAAUAUGUACACGUUUCUAGUUUGGUUGGGUAUACGUAUACGCGAAUAAACCUUGAAAAAGUUUGGAUUGGAUUUGUUUGUGUACCUUAAAAAAUGUUGCUGUGAGCAAACAUCUCUUGAUGCUGCUUGGUUUAUCAAACUCUGUAAUAUCUCAAUAAAUGUAUGGGACUAGACCAACCAGUUGUACUGUAUUCUGCGAGCGAAUUAUAGCUCAUAUGCAAGAUUGAAUGAUGUGUUUUGGAGUUA